AUGCCUGGCUGCUUCAAACAGACCUUGUUUGCUUUCAUUGCUAUAUUGAGCUCUGCAUCAUUUAUCUUGAUCCUUGUUGCAAUGGGCACUCAGAAAUGGAUGACUGGAAAAAUCCUCUGCAAGACAGGAGUGGAGCUAGUCAAUGCCACAGACCCAGAGCUAGUCAAAUUCAUGGGGGACAUUUACUAUGGACUGUUUGGAGGUGGAAAAACGCGUCAGUGUGGGUUAGGUGGCCGGCGGUCCAGAUUCAAAAUAUUUCCACAUCUGGUGAAAAAGUUGAAUGCAACUCUUCAUGUGACGAUUAUCCUCUUCCUUUGUGUGGCAUUUUCCUUUGCCCUUGUCAGCUUAGGAUUUUGCAUCUUAAACAUAAUAAAAGUACCCUAUCGGGCUAUUACAGGUCCAGCAGGAAUAGCCCUGUGGAAUAUACUUGCAGGUGGCUUCGCAACACUGGCAGUGACCUGCUUUAUGGCUGCUGUCAAACUGCAUAAUCUUACAGAAAGGAUUGCCAAUUUCCGGGAAAAUGUCUUCCAGUUUGUCAUCUUGGAAGAAGAGUAUGAACACUCUUUUUGGAUUUGUGUAGCAAGUGCAACAGUUCAUGGUGUGAAUUUGUUACUAGUUGCUAUCAGCGCAAUUCACUUCCCUACACUGAAGACCAAGACAGAAGAAGCAAAUGUCACUGCAGAGGACAUAAUGUACUAA